UCCAUUCAUCGUUUCUCUCUGAGCUUCAUCCAUGGCGACUGGUCUGUUACGCCGAGGCAUGUCUAGGGUUCCAGGGCAAGCGGCGAAGCUUCUCCGAUCACGAGCCCACGCAACCGGAGCUCAGUCCAGCGAGGUGAAUUCAGAAGUCGCCAAAACUCUGAAGACCUUCUCAAUCUACCGAUGGAACCCCGAUAACCCUUCCAAACCUGAGCUUCAAAACUACCAGAUCAAUCUCAAGGACUGCGGUCCCAUGGUUCUCGACGCCCUAAUCAAGAUCAAGAACGAAAUGGAUCCGACACUCACUUUCCGCCGAUCGUGCCGGGAGGGCAUUUGCGGGUCGUGCGCGAUGAAUAUCGACGGUUGCAACGGCCUGGCCUGUCUCACGAAGAUCCCCUCUGGCGAGUCGUCUACGGUCACGCCGUUGCCGCAUAUGUUCGUGAUAAAAGAUCUGGUGGUGGACAUGACAAAUUUCUAUAACCAGUACAAGAGCAUAGAGCCGUGGUUGAAGAGGAAGACCCCACCACCGACGCCGGGGAAGGAGAUUCCCCAGAGCAAGAAGGAUCGGGCCAAGCUUGACGGGAUGUACGAGUGCAUUCUAUGCGCUUGCUGUAGCACAUCCUGCCCCAGCUACUGGUGGAACCCCGAGUCAUAUCUGGGUCCGGCUGCUCUGCUCCACGCUCAUAGAUGGAUUAGUGAUAGCCGUGACGAAUACACCAAGGAGAGGCUUGAUGCAGUAUGUGAUGAAUUCAAGCUUUACCGCUGUCAUACGAUAUUGAACUGUGCCCGUGCCUGCCCAAAGGGAUUGAAUCCUGGAAAGCAGAUUGCAACAAUUAAGCAGCGACACAUUGCAGAUGCCAUUUAAAUUUAUUGACCUGUUGAAGCAUGGUGUCAUUUGACUGCUUAGUCUGGGCAAUUUUUUUCAUCGAGUGACAAUUUUUAUUUCCAAGUUACUAAUAUUAGCUCUGGUUGCAUUUUCAGUCCUUAAUAUCCUCUGUGAACAGGAAUUUGGAUGUUCUGUUUUCAAUAAAUGUUCAUAAAACUGCAGAGUUAUCCUGCAUUGGGCUGUUAUUUUCCUUGUUGAGCCUGCUGUUAAACUAGUUGGGCAAUAAAUGUAUAGUGAUUCUGAGCUCCUAUUCCUAUGAA